AUGGCUUCUUUCAAAACAUUGCCGGAUAAUAUCAUUCUUGAAAUAAUGAGUUAUUUACCUGUGAAAGAUCUGUCUUAUAUUUGCAGUGUUAAUCGUAGAUGGAGAAGAAUUGUUCGUGAUGAUAGUUUAUGGAGACAUAUAGAUCUAUCACCAUAUCAUCUAGAUCUAACCAGAAUGUGGAAAGUUAUCCGUGCACAUUUUUCAGAGACAUUAUUAACUAUCAAACUGAAAGGCUUUGUUAAAUGGGGUGGGCCUAAAUAUAAGAAACACACCAUAUCUAAUGCAAUGUUGGAUGAUUUAGCCAAGCGUUGUCCAAAUAUCAAAUCAAUUCUUCUUUAUGAAUGUAAUACAGAUAAUUUAGAGUGUACAAAAUUACCAAUUACUUUAAAAACGCUAAUUAUUCAAGAUUCAAUAUGGAGACCAGGUUGGUUUAGAACUGGAAACGAAGUAAAACCGCAUCCAAAUUUAAAACAUCUAGAUCUAUCAGGCUGCUCUAGAAUUGAUAAUCAAGACAUUAAUGAUUUUAUUGUAUGGGAAGAUUUAGAAGUCCUUGUAUUGAAUAGAUGUUAUAGAGUGAGUGAAGAAGGGAUAGUAACCAUAGCAACACAUUUCCCAAAGUUGAAACAGCUAGAACUGUCAGGUACGAUGCUAGGUGAACUAGCAAUUCAUCAAAUCAGUAGAAAUAAAUCUCAACUUGAACAUCUGAAUAUCUCC